GUUCAAGUGGCGGGAGUGGAGGGUCUGUGACUCCCUUCAUCGCGCCUCCAGCUACACGGCCGCGUUCGUGAAGCCAGUUGGCAUCGCAAUCAGCACACAGGAGGAGAAGCACAGGUGGAGGAGAUGGCUCUCAGCACCCAUCACACUCGGGAUCGUCCUGAUCUUCAGCUACCACGUCAACUAGAAGGCCAACUCCUGGAUUCCAUGCCGCAGCGGAGAUGUUCCUUUCCGGUGGCCUCUGCAUGGUCGCAGUCUCGGUCUUGCCAAGUCGCACGGCCAGGACGCGGAGCAGGAGCUUGCUUUUCGUCAGAUAUGACGACGAGCCCCACGAAGAUGAAGUCCCACGGCAAGACUCACAAGCCGUCGAUGCUCGAGUUUAUGGGCUUGGCGGGGAACUUCAGCCACCUGAACCUCAAAGACCCCUUCCACGUGAAGAAGAGAGGCUCCACUUAUCAGACUGAGGUACGAGCCGGCGUUACCACCUUUUUGGCCAUGGCCUACAUUCUUCCAGUGAACAGUGGCAUGCUGAGCUUGGUGAUCCCCAACAUGCGCCAGCAGCUGGUUUGUGCCACGGCGUUGGCAUCCUUCCUUGGCUGUUGGUUCAUGGGCAUUCUGUCCAACUACCCAUUCAUGCUUGCGCCGGGAAUGGGCACCAACGCUUUCUUCACCUUCAGCGUGUGCAUGGGCAUGGGCCUGUCGUACGAAGAAGCCUUCGCAGCUGUCUUCUGCGCCGGCUUGAUUUUCAUGGCGCUCAGUAUCACAGGCCUUCGAACCUUGAUGAUUCGGCUCUUCCCGGAAGGGAUCAAGGAGAGCAUCGGCGCUGGGGUGGGCCUCUUCCUUUGCUUCAUCGCCUUCCAGAGUUCCGAGGGCAUGGGCAUCAGCGUGGCGGAUAAGGCCACGCUGGUCACGCUGAACUCCCUGGGCUCCUCCAACUACGACUCCGCCAAGCUGUGGCUCAGCCUGGCGGUGCUGAUUUUGACCGCCACGCUCUUCGCCGCCAAAGUGCCGGGGGCGCCGCUGGUGGGCAUCAUCUUUGGCACCGUGGUGACCUGGAUCGAGGGCUGGUCCCGUGGGGUGGAAGGC